AGUAUGAUAUGUAUUAGUUUUUAAAAGAAGAAGAACAAGCAAGUAGUUUUUCCUCUACUCUUCUCGUUGUUCUUCUGCGAACUUAGUAAAAGAUGUUAAUAUUUAAAAAGAGGGGAAAUAAGAAGCUAGCCAGUGUAUAAAAUACACUAUAGUCUAUAGUCUACAAUGAAAAAUUAAGUGGGGGAUUCGUGACGGCCCUGGACCUCGUGUGUUGCCGAACAACCGCACAAAUUCAGUCAGUCCAAGUCUGUCCUUUGGUACACAUAUUCUCAAGGAAAAAAAAUAAACAUAUAUGAUUAUUUUUUUUUUUAUUUAGAAAUAAUAAUAUUCUAAAUUUUUUAAAUAAAAAAAAACAAGUUAUAAUUUGUAAAAUAUAAAUAAUUAUCAAAUAAUCAAAGUGAAGUGUAUCAAAACAAAAAGGAGUAAAAAUAAUUUUUUAAAAUUGACAAAAAAUAAAUAAAUAUAAUACUACAAGUGCCGGGUUAUUUACUUCAAUAAAUAAACAAGCAAUAAAUCAGCAUUAUUUAAACAAAAUAAAAAAAAAUUUCAAGUUGAAUUUAAACCAAGGUGGAAAAAAAAAUAAUACAUUUGAUGUCAAAUGAGUGAAGUGGUUUUAUUAUAAUAUAAAAAUAUAUACAAAAAUAUUUGUAUAUCAUCAAAUGGAAUGCUGAAUUAUAUAAAAUAUUAAUAAUAACAAUUAUUGCAAAAAAAAAUAAAAAUAAAGUUUGGAGAUGUACAAGGAUUGUAUUAAAAAUGAAGGUGAAUAAAAAAAAAAAAAAUAUUUACGUCAAUUACUGCUCUAGUCAAAAAUAUAAAUAAAUAAAUAAACACUGAUGAUCAUCACAGUGUUAUUAUUAUGUUGUGCCAAAGUUUCAUCAUAAUAAAAUAAAAAAAUCUUUUUUUAUUUUUUUUUUAGUGUCAACGAGAAAGGAAACCAACAAAAUUAAUAUUAUUUAAAAAAAAUAAUUCAAAUUUUAAUACAGUUAAAUAUAAUAAUAAUCGUAUUAAUUUAACUAAAAAAUUAAAAGAUAUUUAUACAAAUAAAAAAUUUAAAUUAUUAGAUAUUAAAAAAGUUAAAAAGUACCUGAUUUCCAAAUGCGUAGACAAAUUAUCCUGUUUCAUGUACAAGUUCAUGAUUGUUUUAAUGUCCUGGAGCAAACGUAGACAAUUAAUUCGACGUCUGCUUAAGGCCAAAGUACGACAAGAGUAUGAAACCAAGUGUGAGGCUGAAGAGUAUAAUACAACAACUACAGCAACAACAACAGCAUCAUCAAAUAUUGAUUGUCCAAUUAUUGUUGAUAAAUUAAGAAAUAUUAACAGCAGUAAUUGUGUUAAAUUGCCAAAGGAUACAAGUAAAAUUGCCAAAAGACAAUUUAAUACUUUAUCAACACCACCAACAACACCAACAAUAAAUAAUAACAAUAAUAAUAGUAAAAGUUGUGGUAGAAGAACAAUAAGUAGACUUCAAGCUUGUUGCAGUGGUGGUGACGAUAACGAGGAAGAAGAACAACAACAAGAAACACAAGCUCAACAACAAGAUAUUAUUGAUAAAGAAUAUUCAAUAAUUGAAAAUAAUAAAUUUAUUGAAGAAAGAUUAUCAAGGUGUAAAGAUAUAUUAAAAAAUUUAAAAGAUAAUCAAUUGGAAAUGUUGUUAACAUCAGUUGAAUCAUCAGGUGUUGAUGAUGGUCGUUGUGUAUUUGUUGAUCAACAAAAAUUAUUAUUAAAACAAUCUGAAAAAUUUGAUCAACAAGAUUAUACUAGAAGACAUAAACAUUUACAUAGAAAUAAUAGAUAUCAUAAUCCAUUGAGACAUAAUAGACAUUCAUAUAAUACAACAAGACAAAAAUCAAAAUGUCGACAUUGUGAAUUAAGACAUGGUGAUGAUAUUAGUAGUGGUGGUGGUGGUGUAAGUGGUGAAAGUGAUAGUGUUAUUGUUGUUGGUGGUGGUGGUAGUUGUAGUAGUAAUGUUGUUGGUGGUAUAAGUGGUGGUAUUGAUAGUAAUUAUUAUGAUAUUAUUGAUGAUGAUAAUUUUGAUAAUCCAACAACAAGUGUUGAUGAUAAUAUUAGACUGACAAAUAUAACAACUAGUCCAAUAUCAACACCAGCAAAUUUAUUAUCUUGUCAAGUUUGGAGAUGGCCUGAUUUAAAUCAUUUAUCAGAAAUUAAAAAAAUGCCAAUGUGUCAUUCAACCAUUGAUUCAAAUGAUGUUUGCUGUAAUCCAUAUCAUUGGAGUAGAAUUUAUCAACCUGAAUCACCACCACCUCCAUACUGUCUCAUCCCAACAAAUUAUACUUCAAAUAAUCAAGGUGCCAUUCCAACAUGCCCGAAGGAUGAUAUUCUUGGAAAUACUGUUGAACAGCAUUGUCGACUUCCUGAUUCGUUAGCCAUCGACAAUGAUGAUAAUAAUAAUGAUGAUGAUGAUAAAAAUAAAAAAAAAGAAUGGUGUACAUUGGCAUAUUGGGAACUUAAAACUCGUGUUGGAAAAUUAUUUCCAGUUGAAGAAUCAGCAAUAAAUGUAUUUAAUUCAUUGCAUGAUGGUGAUGGUCUUUGUUUAUCAAGUAUUGCUAAAAAUCAUGGAUCAUCAACUGCUGUACGAAAAACACGAAGUAAAAUUGGACCAGGUCUGAUACUUAGCCAAGAGGCAGAUGGUAUUUGGGUUUACAAUAAAUCAGAUUGUUCAAUAUUUGUUAAUUCACCAACUUUAAAUGAUCCAGAUCCACAUUCAUUAUUGGUUCAUCGAGUGGCACCUGGUUAUUGUCUAAAUAUAUUUGAAUAUUCAAAAAAUUCAGGAAAUUAUAAAACGAGUCAUAAAAAUGAUGAUAAUUCCAUUGGACAAGUUCCUAUAAAUUCCGUACAAAUAAGUUUUGUCAAGGGCUGGGGACCAAAGUACUCGAGACAAAAUGUCACAUCGUGUCCCUGCUGGCUUGAAGUAUUUGUCGCGCCAUACCUGUGAUUAUUAUUACAAAACAAGUGUAUCAUAAUAUUAUUAUUAUUAUUUUGUUUGAAACAAAUUUAAAAAAAAACACAAAAAUUCAUACGAAAUCAACAUUUUUUUUUUUUACUUUUUCUUUUCCUUACAUUUUUGUUUGUAUUAUCAAAAUUUUUUAUUAUCAAAAUAUUUGUCCAACGUCCUGGAAAAUUUGACGUAUUUGGAACAGUUAUUUUUUUUUCUUUGUUUAUUAUAUAAUUUAUAUAUUUUAAUUUUAAAUUUAUUUAUUUUUUUAUUAUAUUGUCGAUUUUAUAUUACAAAAAUUUUGAAAUCGUAUGAAUUUUUUUUAUUUAAUGUAUGAUAAUAGGGAGAAUUUUAAAUUGUCAAUGUAAAAAAUAGCUAAUUCAGUUUAUUUAAUUGAAGAAAAAAUAAUUUUUUUUUUAUAUUAAUUUUACGAUUUGUCGUUAAAAAAUUUCAUUGUUUUUUCUUUUAAAUUAAACUACGUCAAAUAAAUCAACUCCCUAUUUGUGUAUAUAUACAUUUUUUUUUUAAAUAUUUUGUUUGUAAUGAAUGUGUGAAUGUGUAUUUUAUUAUUAUAUUUUUUGUUUAUUUGUUAUAAUAAAUAUUGUAUUGCGUACAUAUUUGUAUGUAUGAUUUUACGCUUUUGAAAAAAAAAAAUGAAAUGUUUAACUGUGUUUUAAAAAAAAAUAAAUAUUAAUAAUUAAUAUUAUUGCCAAGGUUGCGUCACUGUGCCAUUUCUCUAACGAUAUUUAAAUAAUAAAAAAAAAAAAAAAAACUUUUUAAAUAAUAAAAUUAAAAAAUAAAAAAAUUUUCUAGGCCAUUUCUUUUCUAUAUAAGACUGUUUAUUAGAGACUUGCAAUGCUCGUGUAUCUAUUGUUAAAAAUUAAUAAUUAAUUAAAAAAAAAAAAGCCUGUCGCCGAGUUGCAAAUAUAAAAAAAAUUCUCAAUAAUAUUAUAAAUAAACAAUUUAAAAAAAGAACAAUAAUAUAAAAAAUUGCAUCUGUGAAAAUAAUAAAAAACUGUGCCUUUUAUAAUUAACAUAUAUUAAAAUUAAAUAUUAUAUAUAAAUAAAAAUAAUAAUAUUUAUUAUUAUUACAACAAUAUAAAAGAACGAAAAAAAAAAACAAAUUUAGUCGAUUGUUUUAAACAAAUAAUUGUGACGCAACACGAAGCAUAUAAAAACAAAUGAAAAUUCGUUGGAUUAAAAGAGUUCGAAAUUUUAAAUUGUUUCUUUUUGUAUCAAAAUUAUGCUCCGUCCUAUUUCGACCCCAACGGAUUUUAAAAUUUUUAAAAUGGUACAUCAAAUUGCCUUGAUUUUUGAUAC